CUCAGUUUCUGCUCGUGUAUCGACGAGUGAACAUUGAACGUUUUCGAUGUGUGGUUAUUUUGUGUUUUCGUGAUGUGACAUUUCUCCAAUAAAAAAUUUAUCAAAAAUGCAAUCGAAACAACUACCGAUACGAUGCUUUUGGAUCAUGUUGAUGCUCGUACUGGCCGCCGCUAGGAUACACAAACUCGAGAUACGGAAAGAUACAAGACGUUACAUAGCCCUUAGCACCUUCGGCUUUUACAAGAGCGGCAUUCUCGAUGUGAAUCUGACGAAUUUCAAGGCUCAGCCCCUCGACGAGAAUGCCGUGUUUGGGUUCAGUUUGGAUCGUACGCUAAGCGACGCGAUGAAUCCGUAUUUAGAUAGCCAUCAAGAGAGAUGCGUGCUACAGGACGCCGCAAACGCGAAGACCGAUCUCGAGCAGAGGGACGACAGCAGCGCUGUCAUAUAUUUCACGAUGGACUUGAAAACACCUCUGUUGAUAGUCAACUGUAACCAGAACAUCCACACCGUGGAGAUUCAUCAGGAUCGCAACAUGGUGGUAGCGCUGCGGAAAAAGCGAGAUUCUCUGUCGACCGGGUUCAGCGAUACCGUUCUCUUCGCGCGGAGGAAACGGUAUAGCUCGCACGGUGUCGAGAGAUCCGUAAACCAGGAUCAGUUCCAGUCGCGGCCGGAAACCAGCGGAUGCACGGGCAUUACACUUCCGAUCACCGUGCAGAAUGUCAAGGGAGAGAAGUAUUACAAUACCAGUUUCAGCGUGUACGUCGGGGACGAGGAAGAGGAGGGCCUCUAUAAUUUGUACUUUCACAAUUGCCCGAAUUACAAAUACGAGAUGCAGGUCGCGCUGGAUUUCACGGUACAAAUAUCGGAGAUGAACGAGGAUAAUUAUCUUAGCGCCGGCGAGAUGCCGUUGCCGGGGCUCUAUUUCAUGAUGGCGAACAUAUUCUUCUGGUCUGGUUGCGCCUGGGCGAUCAUACUUAGACGGAGCAAGCAUCCCGUAUUCAAGAUACACUACUUGAUGACAGUGCUGGUGUACUUAAAAUCUCUGUCGUUGCUCUUCCACGGGAUCAAUUAUCACUUCAUCAAGACUAAAGGAGAACACGUGGCUGCGUGGGCGAUUCUCUAUUAUAUCACGCAUUUACUGAAGGGUGCCGUACUUUUCAUUACUAUUGUCCUCGUCGGCACCGGCUGGACGUUCAUCAAACACAUUCUAGCGGACAAGGAUAAGAAACUUUUCAUGAUCGUGAUACCGUUACAAGUAUUAGCGAACGUAGUAGAAAUAAUAAUCGAGGAGAGCGAGGAGGGAGACAUCGAGCACAAGACAUGGCGGGACGUUUUUAUCCUUGUGGAUCUGCUGUGCUGCGGUGCUAUCCUAUUUCCAGUGGUCUGGAGCAUCAGGCACUUGCAGGAGGCCGCGCACACGGACGGCAAGGCAGCAGUAAACUUACGCAAGCUCAAGCUUUUUAGGCAUUUUUAUAUCAUGAUAGUUUGUUACAUAUACUUCACACGAAUCAUAGUGUACUUACUGAAGAUCACGGUACCUUUCCAAUACGAGUGGCUCGACGAGAUGUUCCGAGAAAUGGCCACGUAUGUCUUCUUUGUCCUUACCGGAUACAAGUUCCGACCAGCUUCCGCGAAUCCAUAUUUUACUUUAACGACCGACGACACGACCCAAGCUGACGAAGAUGACGAGAUGGACGUCGUUCUCUUUUCCAGUGUGUCCGGGGGUAGCGGUAUCACCGAGGGUCUCAGCAAGGUUAGCAAAGUUCCGAAAGUUCUGAGGCCUACGACCUCGGAUGUUCCUUCCACCCAAGAGGAGAGGGACAGCCUGUUCAACAAAACGGAGCCGUCCCACGAGUACGACUGAGUCGGGAACCCGAAGCCCCUCGAAUUGCAGUAUAUCAAUUUCAGCAUGGACGAGAGGAAGCGUAGAAUUCGUUCUUUCGUCUCGAGAUAUACGGGAACAGUGCUGGGCGACCGAAACAUCAAACCGGAAGAGCGUCUGGAAACGAUCGAACGAGGAUUGUCUCUCGAAGAAGCAGAAUAGCCGACAUAUUUCGCAUCGAAUCGACCGCCUUUCUUUCCGUUCGUUCUCUCGGUCGGUACGAAGAAUUCACGUGCAAAUAUUUUUGCGAUACCGGUGAACACAAACUUUUCCACGCCUCCGUUUCGAACGAAGACGGUUUCGUUCGUCGUUGUACAACUCUUAAUUUCUCUCGGCUGCUUCGUCCUCUGUUACGAUGCACCACGUUUUAUCUUGCAGCGCACCACGUUAACGAUACGUCGCUCUCGUCUUAAAAGCGUAAUUAAUCAUGGACUUUAAAAAUUGAGUGUAAUCUGUAUUUAUUGGUAGAGAAUGUACUAGAUGUCGGAGAAACGUUAAUCUAGGGGGAAACAGGUUCGACGGUUCUCGCGUUCCGCAACCGAGCGUCGACGCGGCUCCGACGUGAGGGAAAGUUCCAGGUUUUUGAUACGCGCCUCGAUGUAGCUGAUUUUUUGUCCUUAGGCAUUUAGCGAAACGAUCCGAACAUUUCCAUUUGUUCUCUUUUUUUCUUUUUUCUCUGCGUUCUCCCAUGACACGGUCAGUUUCGUCGAACCGGAAAAAAAGCGGCCCCGCGUCGAACACGGCGCGCGGCGCUUUAAGAGAUUUUGUGAUAAGCGCGCAGCCCACCAAAAAAAAAAUCGGCGUGCCGCGAGAAUCCACUUUUGUAAAGCACUCGAUAAUCUUUUAUGUAGAUGUAAUUCUGGUGUCGAGGCAGAGACAGGUAAGGAAGAUAGCUAAUAAGUUUCUAACCAUUCAACGUGUCCCCAAUUACGUAACAAUACAAGUCUCUGGUUACAACCAUUAUUAUUAGUAUUGUACACGCGUUAUCAUGAUUAUUGUUACGUCUGUUACUAUUCAUAUUUUAUUGUAUGGAAUAAAAGGGACACCCUACAAAAUCAAGUUGAAACAAUAAAGCAGAUAUUUUUAUGAA